AUGUUUCGACUGUUGUAUGUCCUUCUUUUGACCCUUUUGGUUGCCUUCGGGCAGCGAUGUACUCUGACACCCUCGGGUGGCGACGAUGGCCCCCAGUUCCUGGCCGCCGCAGCUUCAUGUGAUACCGUUGUCAUCCCGGUUGGUGAAGAGUUCAACAUUGCCACGCGGAUGAACAUGACGGGUUUGACCAAUACACAUAUUAACUUGGAGGGCACCAUUCGAUUCCAACCUGAUAUUUCGUACUGGACUGGAAAUGCUUUUUUUUUCGACUUUCAGGAUUCCAUAACAUUUUGGUUACUUGGUGGGGAGAAUAUCGUUUUGAGUGGAAGUGGCACCCUCGAUGGGGCUGGUCAGGCAUGGUACGACGCCUUCGCGUCGAACUCGAGUCUCCUCCGUCCUAUUAUCUUGACUGUUUAUCAAGCGAAGAACGCUUUAGUCGAAGAUAUACAUAUGGUCAACAGUCCAAUGUGGUUCAAUCUUGUCUAUGAAAGCAAUAAUGUCACAUACAGCAAUAUCAAUAUCACUGCUGUAUCGACUUCGAAAAAUACGAUCGCGAACACAGAUGGAUGGGAUAUCUACCGCAGUGAUACCGUUGUUAUUCGAGAUUCUACUAUCCUUAACGGUGACGACUGUGUCUCUUUCAAGCCCAAUACUACCAACGUCUUGGUGUCUAAUUUGAGUUGCAAUGGAUCUCAUGGAGUAUCUGUAGGUUCCCUUGGGCAAUACGCUGGUAUCUUUGAUAUCGUAGAGAACAUAACGGCGACGGACAUAUCUAUGUCUAACGCAGAAAACGGGGCUCGUAUAAAAGCAUGGGCUGGGUCUGAUGUUGGGAGUGGGAUUGUCAAGAACAUCACCUUUGCAAACUUUGAAGUGUCCAACGUAGAUAACCCGAUCGUAAUCGACCAGUGUUAUGAGACCAGCUCAAGUCAAUGCUCUGAAUUUCCGUCCAAUACCUUCAUCGAGGAUGUUUGGUUCAAUGAUGUCUUUGGGACAUCAUCUGGGGCCACUGUGGCAUCUCUGGAAUGCUCUCCUGAUGAUCGGUGCUCCAAUAUCAACGUGAAUGACUUGAAUUUGAAAGCCGGCAAAGGAACUGCAAAGUACGAGUGUCAGAAUAUCGUUUUGAGCGGGAAUUCUGUAGACCUCUUUCCUGAUUGCACAGAAACGUAG